GGGAAACACAACUCUCACGCUCUCACUCAGGUCCGGUAGCGCAUCUGAUGAUAAACGAGCGCGCGCGAGUCUGCUGUUUGAGAAUCUGUGCGUCUACGAGGGAAACAACUAAAUCGCAUCCCUGUUGCAAAAGGUCUCUGAAAGCAGUAUUCCAGGAUGGAUGGCAGUGGUGGUGAAUGGCUCAGCACUCCAGUGACCUCGUCUUGCUUGGAAAACGUUACAAUGGAAAAUUCCAGCUUGGGUCAAAUCUACGAAGUCAUGCUGCAGUCGACGAACACGACUAAGCGCAAUCCUCAGUUUGUUGGCGUGGAGCUCCUUCAGUCUUUUAAACCUCUCAUUAUCCCAUGCUACGCUCUUGUGGUCCUUGUGGGAGUUUUCGGGAACUAUCUGCUGCUUUACGUCAUCUGCCACACCAAAAAAAUGCACAACGUGACCAACUUCUUCAUCGGUAACCUGGCAUUUUCUGACAUGCUGAUGUGUGCCACCUGUGUGCCCUUUACCCUGGCAUAUGCUUUUAAUCCUCGCGGGUGGGUUUUUGGAAGAUUCAUGUGCUACCUGGUGUUUCUCAUUCAGCCUGUGACGGUGUACGUGUCAGUAUUCACACUGACAGCCAUUGGAGUGGACAGAUACUACGCCACAGUUCAUCCACUGAAGAAGCGCAUAUCAGUUCUGGCCUGCACGUACCUUCUCUCUGGGAUCUGGAUUCUGUCAUGUGGUUUGGUAGCUCCUGCUGUGGCCCACACGUACCAUGUGGAGUUCAAGGACGAAGGUUUCACCAUCUGCGAGGAGUUCUGGAUGGGUCAGGAGAGAGAGCGACUAGCCUAUGCUUACAGCACGCUCUUCAUCACCUAUGUUCUUCCACUGUCUGCUCUUUGCAUCUCCUACUUGUGCAUUUCGGUGAAGCUUCGCAAUUGUGUGGUGCCGGGUCAUCGUACCCAGAGCCAAGCGGAAGCCCAGAGGGCUCGGAAACGCAAGACGUUUCGCCUGGUGUCCUUGGUCGUUGCUGCUUUUGGGAUCUGCUGGCUGCCAAUAAGCGUCUUCAAUGUUCUUCGGGAUAUUGAUAUAGACCUGAUUGACAAGCGCUACUUCCUGUUGAUCCAGCUGUUGUGUCACUUGUGUGGAAUGAGUUCAUCUUGUUGUAACCCAUUUUUAUACGCAUGGCUGCAUGACCGUUUCAGGGCAGAAUUGCGAAAGAUGUUUACCUGCCAUAGACGGAUUGGCAUCGGGAUUCCUGCUAACAACUGUGCCACUGCUAGCGUGGUUCUCUGACAGAAAGUGAGCAGGUUGAGUUAGUUCAAAGACCACCAAGGCUAGCAGAACAAGAUUUUGGAAUGGAGAAAAUAUUCACAUCGGUCCUGGCCAUAAAUCUGCCAUCUGUAAAGUUCCUCCAUGUGCAUCUUGUUCUAGAUGAACACAGAUGGUCCUUUUGGGAAGUACAAGCCAUGUCUACUGAUGAGAAAGCUAUUGGAUUAAGCCACAAGAUUUGACCAUACUGUCUGUGAUUUGAAUUUGGAUUACUUAAAAAAAGGAAACAGGCUUUGGAUGUUGGUCUCAUUAGAGAGAAUGGUCCCUAAAAAAAACUAAAAAAGAAACAUUGAACUUCUGACACCCAACUUACAGAAAAGUAAACAAUUCAGCUCUAAAAGUGUAGUACAGCUUAUAUAAAUGCCUUUUCACUGCAUGUGUUUAUACAAGAUGGUAUUUUUUUCAGCCACAGAUAACAUAUAUAACAAGGACAGGGUCUAGAGAGGUAAAUAAUAUUGAAACUGUAUUGAUUAUUGAACUAAUUAGUUGUUUUUAAACCUUUUAAGCCUUUUAUGUUUUUUGUGCUUUUUUUUUUUUUUUGAGCACAAACUUAUUGUCUUUAUAUACAAAGCAAAAUUAGUCUGGGCAAACAAAAAGUUAUUUUCAUUUUGCAGGAAAUAAUAUGACUCUAUUGAUGUUGUAAUGUAAUUGAAAUUGUUUGUUAAUGAACCAAGAAUCCAGUAAGCUAUCUGCAUUUUCCUGAAGCAAACAAGGAAUAAAACUAAAAGUUCAGAGAGGUUUGAAAAAGUUUUGGGCAGUCUCACUUGUGAUUUUGACUGUACAAUUUUGUUCAUGUAAUGUGAAUGUUGCAUCAAUAAACUAUGUCUGGACUGGAGGUUGUUUCAUACUGAGAAUUCUCAGCAUGAUCACUAUCAUCACAUUGACGGAGAUAGGAAAAUGUAUAUUUUUAAGAGAAAAUAAAUCAUUAUACCAAGCAUUACUAUAGCUCACACUUAGGUUUAAUGAUUUGAACAAACCUCCAAAUAUUACAGUGUGCUAAAGACAUGAAUUAUACCCCAAAUCAUGCAGCUGGUCGAGGAGAGGUUUUCACAUGGUGAAUGAUAAACAUGAAAAAAUCCCAUACUGUAUACUUACUUUGUAGGAGCCGAGCCAAAUCUAGAGGUCAUGGAGACCUGCAUAAGCAUGGAGGUGUUUUUUUUUUUUUUUUUUACUCCCUUGUGAAAAAGAAGUACAUUUUAGCAUACUUUUAAAAGGUAUGGGUUUACUUAUUACAUAAGUAAUACACUCAAAAAGAAUAAGUUCAAGCUGAAUGUAAUUUACAAUGACAUAAAAUGUAUUAUACAGUUGCAAGAAAAAGCAAGUGAAAAAGUGUGUGGUUACCUGGAUGAUCUACGACUGUUUUUUUGUUUUGUGAUGGUUGUUCAUGAGUCCCUUGUUUGUUCUGAGCAGUUAAACUGAAAAUCAGAAAAAUUCUCCAGGUCCUGCAGAUUCUUCAGUUUUUUCGAGGAUUUUUUGCAUAUUUGAACCCUUUCCAGCAGUGACUGAAUGAUUUUGAGAUCCGUUUUUUCACACUGAAUAGCAGAGCUCAGUUUAACUGCUCAGAACAAACAAGGGGCUCAUGAACAACCAUCACAUAACAAAAAAAAAAAAAAAAAAAAAAACAGUCGUAGAUCAUCCAGGUAACCACACACAGUAUUAAGAAUCAAUGGUUCACAAACUUUUGAACUGGGUCAUUUUAAUAAAUUCAGCUAAUUUUUUGUCUUGUUGAUGAUAUGUAAACAUAUUUUAUGUAAAA